UUCUUAAACCUAUGAUUCUCGACAAAAUGGCUGCCCGAGGGAGACGGGCGGAGCCUCCAGCCCGGGAGGCGCCGGGCCCCGCGGGCGGUGGGGGUGGCGGGAGCCGUUGGGCUGAGUCGGGACCGGGGACGUCGCCCGAGAGCGGGGACGAGGAGGUGUCGGGCGCGGGUUCGAGCCCCGUAUCGGGCGGCGUGAACUUGUUCGCCAACGAUGGCAGCUUCCUGGAGCUGUUCAAGCGGAAGAUGGAGGAGGAGCAGCGGCAGCGGCAGGAGGAGCCGCCCCCGGGUCCGCAGCGACCCGACCAGUCGGCCGCCGCCGCUGGCCCCGGGGAUCCGAAGAGGAAGGGCGGUCCGGGCUCCACACUUAGCUUCGUGGGCAAACGCAGAGGCGGGAACAAACUAGCCCUCAAGACGGGAAUAGUAGCCAAGAAGCAGAAGACGGAGGAUGAGUGGCAGCGGUGGCAGCCUUCCCCGAGAGGACUUAAAAGCAGAAGCAAACCGAGAUGCUUCCCGCAGCCGUGGACGAUUCUCCAGGACUCUUUUUCUUUACCUUGAGCACUUGCCUCGUGAGACUUCAUAGAACAGUGGUUUACUGUCCCCCCUUCUCACCUCCUCAUUCUCUCUGGCUCUUUCUCUCUUCCUCUUCUCACCCUCCUCCCUCCCCUUAGCCAUCACUUCUGGGAAGUAAAGAACUUGACUUAGUGCCGGAAAAAAAAAAAAAAAAAAAA